CAUCAGGAGAAAUAAAUUUCAAAAUUAAUGUAUCUAGGCUGGUCAGCUCCGCCGAUGAUCAUUAUCAUCGUUAAGUUUCGAGAUUCUUAUCCGCCAAUAAUGACCCCGCAUUUUGCAGCUAUAAUUUUCACACUUUCAACCAAUGUGAUCGAUUGAAAACGACAAGCCACUACAAUCCGACAAUUACAUCUGCACACAGCCACCUUAUAUGAAUUCUGGAUAUCUGCCAAGAGAGUGCGGCUAUCAUUAUUACAUGAAAUUUGCCAUCUUGCCGACUUAACCAGUUUUUAAGUUUUCUCCAAUCCGGAUAGACCCAAAAAGAUAUCGAGAAAACAUGGAAGACAAGAACAGAGUCUCUAAAAGAAAGAAGGGGGCAGACAACUAUCACAAGUCAAAAUAUAGUCGACCAGGGGCGUCUAUUGAGGCUGGUGAUGCGGGGGUCUUGGUGACUUGCGAUUUGGGUAAAGAGGGGAAAUGCAUUGCCGAGAUACUAGAUUUAUUAUCAGAGUUACACGAGUCUUCUCAAGACUCGAAAGGCACGUCGGCCGCUACUGAAAGCGACGAUGAUGAGGAUGGUGACGAUGACAUUGAAGCGCAAAUUCAGAAAGAAGUCGAAGGCCUCAAGCCCAAGUCCCCGGCUCGUCGACUAUUUCAAGCCAUCAGAUUGGACAUACCUUGUUUGACCUUUAUUCGAAUGGACAAAUCCCUAGAUCCAGUCAAAAUGGCUCAUGAUUUAUGCACAGCGGCCAGGGCCAAUCCAGGUCAGAAAAAAGGUCGAUGGGUUAAGCGGGUAAUCCCACUCACCCAGGUCCGGAAGAUCUUAAGAUAUGACCUUCAUGAAUUUGCUACAGAUAUUUUAAAACCACACUUUCAUGCAGGUAGUGGACCAAAAAAGUACGCCAUACGCCCUACGAUUCGGAACUGUCAUCAACUGAAUAGGGAUAUCAUCAUUCAAACCGUCGCAGCAGCGGUUGGGCCUGAACACAAAGUCGACCUCAAAAAUUACGACCAUGUAAUUCUGGUCGAAGUCGCUCAAAACGUCAUUGGCAUGAGCGUUGUCGGCAGCGAUUACGACAGCCUCAAGCGCUUCAAUUUGGCUGAGAUUUAUCGGCCAUCCUCGAAUAUGCAGAGCAAUCAACACUCCAAGUCGCAGCAAGAGCACACAACUCCCAAUGCUUAAAAAAAUACGAACUAAUUGAUAUUUGUUAUGGUACGGAUCAUGAGUUAAUGACGUAGCUUUGAAGGUACGUGGACCGCCAACAAAUGUGGUGGAGCAAGGUGCUAGGCGUCGGGACCAGUGUCUAGUGUAUUCAAUGAGCAUACUGUAGAAUAAUCAUGUAACUAUGUGGCAUGUGGUAUGCGGUAUUGAGUACAAUAAUUAAUAUCAUAUAUGAACUUGCGAUAUGUAGCCUGCCACCUCAUACCACUCCAGACUCCGGGAAGUCGGCACUGAAGCUGACGUAAUUUUGGAGGUGCGGGAUAAUUUUUGGAGGCUAGCUAUCUGGAAAAGCCGAGUCAAUAAUAGUAGUAGUGCUGCAGUUACUACG